ACUUCAUCACCCAACCCAAAUCUGAAUCCUAGCCGUCCGAUUCGAUCCGUAUCCCAUUCUCCCGUCUGUCAUCCUCGUCUCUUUCUUUCUUCUCUUCAGAUCUGGACACAGAACGCGCAGACACAGAGACAUAGAGACACUCUCGUUUUCUCUCUCUCUACAUUAUCCCAAAUUCCCUGCAAUUUGGAGAGAGAAAGUACAGGGUUUAAUCCCCAUUUUGUUCUAGAUUUCAUCUUGAUCUAUGGUGGAGGCACAGACAUGGAAGACAAGGCGAAUGAGCAAUCCAAGGCUGGACACGACCGCACCGGACCAGGUCCUUGACAUUCCGGCCACACCACCUGGUGAUGUACGGAACAACAAUGGAUUCGGAUCGGUUCUUUCGCCUAACAUUUUAACUGCCCUGAUUAUCGCAUCUUGGUACUUUUCCAACAUCGGAGUACUCUUACUCAACAAGUACCUCCUUAGCUUCUACGGUUAUAAAUUCCCGAUAUUCCUCACAAUGCUUCACAUGAUAUCCUGUGCUGUUUACAGCUACAUUGCGAUAAACUUUCUCGAAAUGGUUCCGUUGCAGCAAAUUCUGUCGCGAAAGCAGUUCUUGAAGAUUUUCUCUCUGUGUGUGAUUUUUUGCUUCUCCGUCGUUUGUGGUAACACUUCGUUGAGGUACUUACCGGUGUCGUUUAAUCAAGCGAUUGGAGCUACGACGCCGUUUUUCACGGCCGUAUUUGCUUUUUUAAUUACUUGUAAGAAAGAAUCGCCGGAAGUAUAUUUUUCUCUGUUGCCGGUGAUAUUGGGGAUCGUUGUGGCCAGCAACAGUGAGCCGUCGUUUAAUUUGUUGGGUUUCUUGUUUUGUGUGGGUUCAACUGCUGGGCGUGCUUUGAAAUCGGUGGUGCAGGGGCUGCUGUUAACAUCGGAGGCCGAGAAGCUGCAUUCCAUGAAUCUGUUGCUGUAUAUGGCACCUAUGGCGGCGCUGGUAUUGCUUCCGUUUACGCUCUAUAUAGAAGGGAAUGUUGCAGCAUUUACUCUUGAGAAGGCGAAGGAAGAUCCGUUUAUUCUUUUCCUAUUGCUCGGAAAUGCUACAGUGGCGUAUUUGGUGAAUUUGACCAAUUUUUUGGUGACAAAACACACAAGUGCUCUGACUUUGCAGGUACUGGGAAAUGCCAAGGCUGCUGUGGCUGCCGUGGUGUCAAUUUUGAUAUUUAGGAAUCCGGUAACGGUGAUGGGAAUGGCAGGAUUUGGAAUCACAGUAAUGGGUGUGGUGCUUUAUAGUGAAGCAAAGAAGAGAUCCAGAGCCAGUAAGUCAUGAUUCACUUGGAUGGCACGAUUCCGGGUUCGACUCUGUUUUCUGAACUUUGAAUUCUGAGUUUUGUCCUUUUUUUUUCUUUUAGCUUCUAUGGAAGGAAAGAAAAGAAAAUUAAUCACAAUGAAAUUUGAUUUGAUUGUAUAGUAAUGUGGAGGGGAGGGAGGCUAAAGCUUAUGCUCGGUUUUCUCUGUUCUUGCUUUCAAUUGUUCUUGGGGCAUUCUGAGAGAAGGAAUUUAGUUGUUUCACUUCCUUCUUAUAAGUUGUUUUUGAUGUAUUUUGAGAACAUACAAAAGUGAUUCAGAUAGCAAUUCUAAUGUGUUUAAUGGGAAGAAAAGUGCUUCCCUUUCACUUCUUCA